CAUGAUUUUUUUCCCCCAACAUAUGACUUUCCUGUGUUUGAUCCAGACGGGCCUGAACACCCCGUAAUCAGCCCCCUACAACAAGUUUACAAUGAGCAUUCCACUCUCAACCUCUACUGCUCUGCCGUCUGUAAUCCACCUGCAAAGUUUUCUUGGUAUCUUAAUGGAGAGCUUCUGGCACGUCAGAACGAGUCUCGCCUGGCCCAGCGUCUUACUCUGAAGAACGCUGGGAACUAUACUUGUCGAGUUGACAAUGUCGAAACUGGACUCUCCAAAGCCGUCGGACUGGAGAUCAGCAUCCGGGAGGCCAUCAAUCAUAUCUCCGUCAGAGACCCUGGCAAGAUUGUCGAGAAUAGCACAACCUAUCUCAACUGCACAGCCUCUGGCUUUAAUGUUUCCUACUAUUGGCUUAAGGGGAAGCAGAGGCUUCAGGCGGGGGCUCGCCUGUCUUUAAGCAGCAAUGGCCAAAACCUUAGCUUGAGUAAAACAAGCCGUCAGGAUUCGGGCCUCUACACCUGCUGGGGGAUUAACAGUUUCUCUAACAACUCCUUCAACUACACCCUGAAUGUCUUUUGUAAGUCUGGUUCUGCCUUGGGGAGAUUGUAGAGAUUUGGGGAUUUGGGGAACGAGCUCCCGACGCACGCUUGUGUAAGAAUCUAACUUCUAAAUUAGGGAUAUGUGAGAGACGUUGAACGGAUCCGUUCGAGGGAUCCAGUGUUCUGAGUGCCUUCCCUUGAUCCAGUCGCUUUUCCCUCCCUUGCCACGCAACCAACCCCUACAGGUAGUCCUCAACUUACAACAGUUUGUUUAGUGACGGUUCAAACACACAACGGCACUGGAAAAAAAAAUGAUUUAUGACAGUGAGGAUCUUUGCAGCCCCCUUGUGAUCAAAACUCAAGACGCUUGGCCACUGGUUCAUGUUUAUCACUAAGGGAGUCAGUUUCACUUAACAACCAAGUUACCAACUUAUCAACUGUGCUGGGAUUCACUUAACGACUGAGGCAAGAAAGGUCAUGGAAAGGGGCAAGACUUACUUAAUGAAAGUCUCUGUUAACAAUGGACAUUUGGGGGGGGCGAGCUCCGUUGUGGCCGUAAGUUGAGGACUACCUGGACUGUUAUCCAAACCCCUUGAGUAACUGUUUAGAUAGGUCAUCUUGCAAGGUUCACUUUGAUUUGGAGCUGUGAAGCUUGUAUCUAAUACAGGGUGUCAAACUCAAGGCCCGGGGGCCGGAUUCGGCCCGGGGGGUACUUAGAUAUGGUUCACCGACAAAAGGGCGAAUGACAAAAGUACGCCCGACUAAACCGCGGUGACAAAACCGCGAG